GAUGUAAUAGUGAAAGUCCGCUGAACGCUUGACGGCCGGACAGACGUACGUACAUCCUAGUAUUAUUGUGCGCAACAACAGCGCGCGAGUCCUUCGUCAAGUCGUUGUCCGUCAAGACGGCAGUAAUAUCGUACUGGCGCUCGAGUGGAACGAGACGAAAAGAGAGAAGCGCUUUCCGCACCAUGGACGGUAACAAGUCGUCGCCGGCGGCGGUGCUGUUGCUGCUGUUGUUCGCGUCCUGGUCGCUGAUCGACCCCUCGGACGCGGUCGUCAAACGCUGUUUCAGCUGCCGGUCCCGCGGAGACUUGGGCAGCUGCAAGGAUCGCUUCAAGUACACCAACCUCACGCACAUGGCCGCCGAGCCGGGCGUCGGCGUGGAGGCGGUGCCGUGCGCGUCCGGAUGGUGCGGCAAGAUCAUCGAGACGCGCAACUCGGACGCCAAGGAACAGGAGUUCGACACGGCCACGCAGCGGACGUGCUUGCAGAGGGGACCGUCGGACAGCGAGGAACGGUGCAGCGACACCGUGUGGGAGUACAAGAAGGUUUUCAUGUGCUUUUGCCACGGCGACCUGUGCAACGGCGCGCCGCCGCCGCCCCGCUCGUGGUCUUCCAACGCGAUGAUAGUGUCCGCUCUAGGGCUCCUCGUCGCGACCGCCCGGACCAUGAUCUGAACCCGCACACGCGCAUCAGUCCGCGGAAAUGACGUUCUUGUUGACCGUUCUUUUGUCUCGAUGAUUUUGAACGAACCGACGAGGAACAUACACCAUAACACGCGUUUGCCUCCCGCCCGUUUUGUUAAAAUUCCACGUUCCUGUUUUCUACCGACGUUCUAUGUAAAUAAUGUUUCCUCCUUAGAUUCUUGUUGUUUUUAUGAAUAAAAAAAAAAAAAAACCAUAUUUUUAUCCA